AUGAGCAUUAGUAAGAGAAAUGACACAGAUGAUGCAUUUGGAUAUUACUCACUCCAAGCUCAUGAUCAAAUAGAGACGACACAUUUUACAUUAUCAAAUAGAGAGAAACCACCCAAUAACUGCACGGCGGUACCUGUAGAAGGUCGCCGGCCAAGUGGGUCGGAUUCCGGCGGAAAGAGAAUGGCUGUUACCAGUGAGAGAUCACUGUCUGAAGGGAAGGUUUGGAGUCUCUGCAGAAUGCCAUUUUGGCACUCCAGCAAUGCUGAUGCUUCUUCUUCAUCUUCUUCUUCCCUGAGUGUUCACCACCAAAACCAGCUUGUGGAUCAACCUGACGUCCAUUCUCUGACUUUGGUCUCGUCCGUGGCAAAGUCUUUUCUUCCAACUCGGCGCCGACUCAGUCUUGAUCCCCCCAACAAACUCUACUUUCCCUAUGAGCCUGGUAAACAAGUCAAGAGUGCAAUCAGGGUCAAAAACAUCAGCAAAUCUCAUGUAGCUUUCAAGUUUCAAACAACUGCACCGAAGAGUUGUUACAUGCGUCCUCCUGGUGAAAUACUUGCUCCUGGUGAAAGUCUAAUUGCAACUGUAUUCAAGUUUGUGGAGCAUCCAGAGAACGAUGAGAAAAUACAAGGUCUGAAGACUAGGGUCAAGUUCAAGAUCAUGAGCUUGAGAGUGAAAGGAGAAAUGGAUAAUGUACCAGAGCUGUUUGAUGAGCAAAGAGAUCAAGUAACAGAGGAGCAGAUUUUGCGAGUUGUUUUCCUUGACACAGAACGUCCUUGUCCUGCACUGGAGAAACUUAAUCGUCAAUUGGCCGAGGCUGAGGCUGAGCUUGAGGCAUGCAAAAAGCCUCCAGAAGACACAGGUCCAUGA